AUGUACAGCAUACACAAGAACUUGUUACCGCCAACAGAGACCUGUCUUACACCCUACCAUGCUCAAACAUUAACAUCUUUGAGAUUUGAACUCAAGUCACCCAUUUUCCACAUUGGAGAUAGGUAUGCUACCACUGCACUAAGAAGUCUUUGGUUGGAUGAUUGGUUGGGAGGGAAAGUGCUUAGUUGCGGUUAUGAGUUCGGGCAGGAAAUGGGGGUCGUCGUCGAGAAUGUUUGGUGGGUGGAAGGGGGGGCUUUGUGGUGGUGCAGGGUUGUGAGAAGGAGAUCCCCCACUCUCUACUGCGUCUCCCCCUCGUCCCACAUCACGACCCUCAACACCUCCCUCCCCCACGCAAAAUGCAUCCGUGUACAAAACGGCGUCUUCACAGAAAUACUGACCUCGAUCCCUAACGAGAAAGACAUCACUUAUCUGCCCGGCUAUAUCAUACCGGGUAUCAUCGAAUCGCACGGCCAUAUCCUGCAAUAUGGCGAGAUGCUCGAAUCCGUUUCCCUAUACGACGCGAAGAGUAUGGAGGAGGUGAGGGUUCGGAUUAGGGAAUUCCUAAGCAGGCAUGAAGGGGAGGGAUAUGGGACGAGAGAUAAGUGGGUUCGAGGUAUUGGGUGGGAUCAAAAGUAUUUUGGGGGCGUGAUGCCUACUGCUGAAGAACUAGCAAUCGAUCCCGAGCUCUCGGAUCUGUACAUCAUGCUCGAUAGAGUAGACGUCCACUGCGUCUUGACUUCCCAAAAAGUCCUUGAUCUGCUCCCUGACCCAUUACCAGAAGCUCCACCAGGCGGAGUCAUCAUCACAGAUCCAGGUCCAGGAGUCUUUUGUGAUAAUGCGAUGGAUAGUAUCAUCUUCCCGCUCGCACCAAAACCAGAUGUCGCGCAGAAGACGAGAUGGUUCAAAUCCGCGAUGGUGGAGCUGAAUAAAGUGGGUAUUAUCGGGGUUGGAGACGCGGGUAUGAGACCUGAUGAUGUGAGGAUUCUGGAGGGGAUGGCGGAGAAGGGGGAGAUGAGUGUUAGGGUUAACGUUAUGCUUGAGUGUGCGGAGAGGAAUACGUUUUGUCCGGAGGAGACGGGGAGUUUGAAAUUACUUGCUGCUCCGGAUGGGUUGGGGGAGCAUAUGUUGAUGUUGGGAGGAGUGAAACUGUUUGCUGAUGGGGCAUUGGGAAGUUGGGGCGCGGCAUUACUGGAGCCGUAUUCGGAUAAGGACGAGACGAGUGGGACGAUGUUGAUUAAUGAGACGGAGUUGACGAGUGUAGUCAAGAAGUGGUUCGACGCAGGAUUCCAAGUCAACGUCCACGCAAUCGGAGACCGAGCAAACCGAGCCGCAGUCGACGCCUUCGAAAACGUCCUCGGAAAAGACUGCACAGGUUGUAACGAAGCACGAAGAUUACGAAUCGAACAUGCUCAAAUCAUCCAUCCAGAAGACCAAAAACGCAUUGCCAAAAUGGGUAUAAUCCCCAGCAUCCAACCAACCCACGCAACAUCAGACAUGUCCUAUGCCCUCUCCCGUCUCGGCGCCAAUCGGCUCUCCCACUCCGCCUACAGGAUGCACUCCCUCUUCCCCCUUUCCACCCCAAAUUCCAAAACCGGAUCCUAUCCCGGCCCAGUCCUCGGCUCCGACUUCCCCGUCGAACCACCAAACCCCUUCCACGGCAUGUACGCAGCCGUGACUCGCUUGAAUCCGGCCACAGGAAGUAGUCCAGAUGGUGAAAAGGGCUGGUAUAUGGAGGAGGCGCUGAGCGUGGAGCAAGCGUUGGUGGGGUUCACGCGGAAUGCGGCGUAUGGGUGGUUUCGGGAGGGGGAGAUGGGGAGUAUCGCUGUGGGGAGGUGGGCGGAUUGGGUGGUUGUUGAUAGGGAUUUGUUGGCGGAGGGGGAUGGGAGUGGGAGGGGGUUGAGGGAUGUGGUGGUUUGGGAGACGUGGGUUGGUGGGAGGAGGGUUUGGGGGGUGGGCGAUGAGGCUGUUGGAGAUGGGGAGGAGGAGGGAGGGGAUGGGAAGGACGAGCUUUAG